UUUAUUUUAGCCAUAUCGCCCAGCUCUACAUUAAAGCAUGGCUUAUGCUAACAGGCUAGCGGGGCUUAAGCUACACAGCAAAUAAGUGGAUAAAUGUUUUGUUUGUGCACCAAAUUAUUUCCCCAUUUGGUACUGCUUUUUCCUUUUUACAGUAUCAUUGAAGCAGGAUACAUUUCCCAUGGUACAAUAAGCCCAACAUCGUAUUCACUAAUAGUUCCAAUACCAGUUACCAUUACCAAUUUACAGUUAGCAUUCAAUGGUACAUUUCAAUCAAACGCAAUCAGGAGCAUUGAAGUUUGGUGAAAUGUAGCUUAUUACUCACUUCAUUACAUUAUGCAUAUAAAUGGUGUAAGAGGGGGUGAGAGUUAAUCAGCAUGGCAAUGUUCAUACUGUUCCUGCAGGUGUGUCUACAAUGAAAUGGAUCAGUGUACGGAGAGGAGGAUCUGUCACCAUCCCAUGUUUCUAUGGUGACAGACAAAAAACUCACAUGAAAUACUGGUGCAGAGGGGACGACUGGAGGUCAUGUACUCCCAUAGUACACACUGACUCUCCACAGGAGGGUAAAGUGUCAAUCAGAGAUGAUCCUGACCAGCGAGUCUUCACUCUGACCAUCAAAAAUCUGACAGCUGGGGACUCUGGUACCUACUGGUGUCAUGUGGAGAUCAGUGGAGGUUCAAAUGUUGGAGAUCAGGUUUAUCUGUCAGUCACUGAUGGUAAGAUGUUUGUACUGCAGACUGUACUGAGUUCCCCUGGGCUGUCAGUGGACAAACAGGAGGUGACGGGUGUGGAAGGAGACAAUGUCAGUGUUCAGUGUCGCUAUAGAAACAGUGACAGUCUGAAGCUGUGGUGUAAGAUCGGGGGCUCCUGUGCAUCAGAGAGAUCUGUGAGUUUGGAUGGGAGGCCUGUCCUGAUCAGGGAGGACAGAGUAAAUAGAGUCUUCAGCGUGACAAUGAGGGGACUGGAGAUGAAGGAUACAGGAUCGUACUGGUGUGAUGCUGGAGGCUGGCAGAUCCCAGUUCAUAUUACUGUCAAACCAAUAAUCAUCACCGAAUGUAAGUAA